AUGCAAGGAACGAGGGGUUUGCCGAUAGAGAGCUCGCAGUCAGGAGUCCCGACGACCCUCGAAACCCAGCUCUCAGUGGCCCUCAGUCGUCGCCGGGCACAAAAUCUCCUCCGCUCCACUCCGAUACCCAGACAAGGCCUCACCGACUUCAGCUCAAACGAUUACCUAGGCCUGGCCCGAACCCCGCAACUCCACUCGCACUUCCUCUCUGCACUGCAGCACCAGGCGCCAUGGCAACGUCGGCGUUUCUAUCCGGGCUCUGACGACGCUUACCAGUCAUCCAACACCACCCAAUUGCCGCGUGAGACAUUAGGCUCAACCGGCUCCCGUCUCCUCACCGGCAACAGCUCCACCGCCCUCGACCUCGAACAAUAUCUCGCCGACUACCACUCUUCCCCUUCGGCCCUCCUCUUCAACAGCGGAUACGAUGCAAACCUAUCGCUGUUAUCAACAUUACCGCAGCCGGACGGCGGGGUGUUACACGACGAGUUCGUGCACGCUUCGAUGCAUGAUGGGAUACGGAUGUGCAGGGCUCGACGGGAGAAUGUGAGGAGCUUCAGGCAUAAUGAUGUGGAGGAUUUGGAGAAUGUUUUGGUGCAUAUGCUUGGGUCAGAGGAGGAGGCGGCACAGAACGGACGAAAGUACUGUAAAACGGUGGUUGUCGCCAUCGAGUCUCUCUACUCCAUGGAUGGCGAUAUCGCCCCGUUGAGAGAGAUUGCAACCCUCUUGUCGCGGUUUGACGGUCGUGCGAUCCUAGUGGUUGACGAAGCGCAUUCGACAGGCACUUAUGGAGCCGGUGGCCGUGGGCUAGUCAGCCACCUAGGGCUCGAAUCUAAGGUCUUUGCCCGGUUACAUACCUUUGGGAAGGCCGUAGGCGCACAUGGGGCCGUCGUGCUCGGUCCCGCGGUAUUGCGAGAGUACCUGUGCAAUUACGCCCGGCCACUGGUGUACAGCACCAUGAUGGCCGGACACGCCUUACUCGCCAUCCGGUGCGCUUACGAGGUGAUGGAGGGGGAAGCGGAAGCGCGACAAGCGAGACUGAACGGUCUGAUCGAAGUGUUCAAAUCCGCGAUGCGGGACCUGCCACCCACUGUCGAGCUGCUGCAUUCCGAUACGAUGGUGCAAGGGAUCGUGUUUCCGGGCAACGCGAACGUGGUCAUGCUGGCGAAGGUGUUGCAGGACAAGAGGUUUGAUGUCAGGCCGAUUAGGUCGCCGACUGUACCUGUGGGGACGGAACGCGUGAGGGUGUGUUUGCACGCUCAUAACACUGCGGAGGAGAUUCAGGAUUUGGCUGUCGCGUUGAGAUCCGCAUUGGAAGAACUGCACCCCAGGGCAGCAAAUCCGACGAAGCCGACAGUAGUCGAUCCACCGACUGCUUCGUUAACGCCGAGAUUAUGA